AUAUCCAUUCAAUAUCCUAUUAAGCUGACAAGUUUUAACCAUUUUUACCUUGAAUAUAUCUUCUCUCUCUCUUUCCUCUCGCUCUCCCUUAUUCAGGAAUAUGACGAAAGUUGAAGAUAUCAAAGGUGAACCCCAAAAGUUCGAUCCAACUUUCAAAGGACCAAUUAAGGAUCGAGGAUGUACGGAUAUAAUAUGUUGUUUACUAUUCAUAAUAUUUGUAUUAGGAAUGGUUGCAGUUUCAAUUUUGGGAAAUCCAAAACUUCUUUUAUAUCCAACCGAUUCCGAUGGAAAUUUAUGUGGAUAUAAGUCAGCUACUAGAGAUUUAAGCGAUAAGCCAUAUCUAUUUUAUUUCGAUAUGUUAGCUUGCGCUAAAGUGGGAGCUGGUAUAAGUUUAUCUUCUCUCGUUUCCUUAGGAUGUCCUACAACGCAGAUAUGUGUAGAGCAUUGUCCAAGAAAAGCUUGGUCAUGGAUAGGACAAUAUACAAAAGAAAAGUUUGGCGGAUCAAAAUCUGGACGAAGUGAUAUGAUUUGUAAAAUUCCAAAGGAUAAUAACUUUUAUAAGCAGGUGUGCGUUGAAAAAUGUCCCAGUAAGUAUUGGGCGUGGCCUGUUCAAUAUGGAAAAGAGAAAAUCAACAGCAACGACAAGUCGGGAAGGUCUGACAUGAUUUGCCAUUAUAGCAUUGGUGGUAAUACAGGAGAUGCAAGACUAACUAACGACGAUGUCAAAACUUUGGUAGAAAACGAAAAUUGCGCCCCCUACUAUGUAAAAUCAGAACCACUAAUUGGACGUUGUAUACCAUCAAUUUUUGGGGCCAUAAAAGACAAAGCUGCAACCAUUGUUGGUGACGGACAAGCUAUGGCAGAUGCUGCAAAUAACACUGUCACCUACGGUUAUCUAGAAAAGGGAUCAAAAUAUUUAGCGUUAUUUUUAUCGGCAAAGGAAUAUGGAGUAAAGAUUUAUCAAGAUGUUAGGGCUUCUUGGUGGCUUAUACUGGUAGGAUUAGGAUUAGCUAUGCUUUUAUCUUUCAUUUGGAUUGUUCUUAUGAGAUGGCUUGCUGGUGUUAUCGUUUGGUUAACAAUUCUAUUAUUUGUUGGUCUCUUUGGCUUUGCAACCGGAUAUUGUGGGUAUAGAUAUUGGCAAAUGAAAGAUGAUCCAGAACAUGAAGGAAGUCUUGAAUUUUCAACAAAUUUAUCGUAUUAUACGAAUUUGUCAAAAACUUGGCUAGCUUUGGCAAUCAUUGCUGGAAUAUUUCUUCUCAUCAUCUUAAUUCUUCUAAUUUUCUUGAGGAGUCGUAUAAGGAUAGCUAUUUCUUUAAUUAAAGCCAGUAGCAGAGCUAUCGGAAAUAUGGUAUUCACUUUAUUCUGGCCAAUCAUACCAUUUCUAUUACAGCUUUGUUUAUUUGGCUUCUGGAUUGCUGCAGCUCUAUUUUUGGCAACAAUGGGAUCAGCUAAAUAUGCUGGAGCAACGUUUAAUGGAUCACAAUUCGAUGAUGUGACAAAGGAAUAUACAGUUAAAAUUCAAGAGGCUGUCGGAUGUAAUUCUUCGGCAACUGGAGCGCGCGAAAAAGCCUGUCAUUUCCUUGGUUAUACAGAGCAAUAUACCGUUUAUUUACAAUUUUUCAUGCUAUUCAUGUUGUUUUGGGUUAUGAAUUUUAUAAUUGCUUUGGGUCAAAUGACAUUGGCUGGUUCGUUUGCCUCCUAUUACUGGGCUUUCAAUAAGCCUUCAGAUAUACCAGCUUUCCCUGUUACGGGUUCACUUUUAAGGACAUUACGUUACCAUGUCGGCACACUUGCAUUUGGCUCUCUAAUUAUAGCAAUUAUUCAAAUUAUUCGAGUAUUCCUUGAAUAUCUGGAUCACAAAUUGAAAGGGAAAGAAAAUGCGGUUGCAAAAUUCUUUUUAUGCUGCUUGAAAUGCUUUUUCUGGUGUUUAGAGAAAUUUAUGAAGUUUAUAAAUAAGAAUGCAUACAUUCUGUGCGCAAUUUAUGGAAAGAAUUUCUGUAUUUCUGCGAAAAACGCAUUUUUCCUAAUUAUGAGAAAUGUAGUAAGAGUUGUAGUUGUUGACAAAGUUACUGAUUUUGUCAUGUUUAUCGGAAAGCUUGUGAUUGUUGCUGCAGUAGCUAUUGGAUCUUUCUUUGUCCUUAGUGGAGAUCUUGCUAAAUUGGAUAUACCUCUUGCUUCUAAUAUACCUACUAAUAAGAAUGUUCAAUUUGUACCUAUGAUAAUUAUCAUCAUUGGUUCAUAUGUGAUAGCGGCAGCAUUUUUCAGCGUUUACUCUAUGGCAGUUGAUACGUUAUUCUUAUGCUUCUUGGAAGAUUUGGAAAGGCAUGAUGGAACACCUGAAAAACCAUACUACAUGUCAAAAGAUCUAAUGGAUAUUUUAGGAAAGAAGAAUAAGAUGCCAAAGGAAAAGAAAUAG